AUGGGUCAAGACUGCUCUACAGCUUGUUCAUAAUGUAAUAAACAAAGUGAAAUAAAAACAUAAUAAGAAGAUAGUAUAACAAACGGGACUGCUGCCCUUUAUUAGGAAAAUAAUGAAGCUCCUUAAUAAAAAGAGACAAAUAGUCAAUAUAAACAUACAAAAUAAUAAUCAAAUGAAAAUUAUAAAGAUAGAGACACAAACAAUUAAUAUUCAAAUGAAAAAAAUUCUAAUAUAUAUAAAAUACCUUCAUAUAAAUAAAUAAAUGAAAAUAAUGAAAGUUAAAAACAAAUCACUACAGAAUAAUAAUAAUAGUAGCCCCAACAGCAAUAAAUAUUAGAAUAAAAAGAACUAUCUCUCUAAAACACUUAGGAAAAUAAAAAUGUAAAAGAAAGUUCUUAAAAAUAUUUUAAUUCUGUAGAAGAUGUUUUAUAAUAAUAAUAAAAAUAAUAGACAUAAAUAAUUCAAUCAGAUGAGAAUAAAAAAAAAGAAAGAAGACCUCCUUAUUAAUUUAAAAGUGGAGCUAUUUAUGAUGGAGAAUGGUUCGGUAAUUACAGAGAAGGAUAAGGAAUUCAAACAUGGCCAGAUGGAGCUAGAUAUGAAGGAGAAUGGAAAGAUAACAAAGCAGAAGGAAAAGGUAAAUUUUGGCACGUAGAUGGAGAUAUUUUUGAAGGAGAAUGGAAAGAUGAUAAGGCAAAUGGAUAUGGAGUAUAUAUUCAUGUGAAUGGUGCAAAAUAUGAUGGAUAUUGGAAAGAUGAUUUAUAAGAAGGACAUGGAAUAGAAACAUGGGCAGAUGGGUCUAAAUAUGAAGGAUAUUAUAAAGAAGGAAAAAAAUAAGGAAAAGGUACUUAUACUUGGAGUGACUAAUCAAAAUAUGUUGGUGAUUGGGUUGAAAAUAGAAUUUCUGGUUAUGGAGUUUAUACAUGGUUAGAUGGAAGAUAAUAUGAAGGAGAAUGGUUAAAUAAUAAUAUGCAUGGCAAAGGUUUUUAUACUUGGAAAGAUGGAAGAAAAUAUGAAGGUGACUAUCAAUAUGAUAAAAAACAUGGUUACGGAAAAUAUACUUGGGCAGAUGGACGAUAAUAUGAAGGUUAGUGGGCUUAUGGAAAGUAUUUUUAUAUUUUAUUUUUUAAUUAUUAAUUUAUUUAUAGGCAAAAUGGAAAAGGAAUAUAUAGUAUACCUGAAGGUUCUGUUAAAACUGGGCUUUGGGAGGACGGAAAAAGGAUAAAAUGGAUAGAUGAUGAACAAAUUUAAUAAAAAAAUUGA